AUGGCUCACGAUGUCCACCCUCUCGCCCCGCGCCAGCUAUGGAAUUUGCCAACCCAGACGACCGCUGAUCUGCAGGCGCAUUGCACUCCAUUCACUCUGCCCUCGAAUGGAGUGCUUUCGCUGGCCGACGGCGCCGCCAUCACAUUGACGACCGAUGUCAUCUUCCAGCCAGAGUGUACCGCUACACGCACCGGCGACGUAUUCGCCGUCGGACACCUAAAGGACCCAUUCUAUGCAUCCACUAUCCCUAUGGUCUACGUGAUCUCUGCUGCGACAGUCAUAGCAUGGGUACUGGUGGUCAUGCUGACCAUCACACCGAGGACCUCCUUCUUCGGUGCUCCGGGACCACCUUCAUUCAGCAACGGCCACGGCAUCAUAGGCGGCGCAAAUGGAGGCAUAAUGGGCGUGACUGGGGCUGGAUCCAGACCGUGGCUACAGAAAAUCGCGGCUUUAGCCGUCGCAAUCUCACUUACCAUCGCAACAGCUGACACAUUGGAAGUGGCGGAGAGGCAGUACGGUGUCGGAUAUAUGGACGCUAUGGCAAUGCGCAAAGAAGUUCUCGGAUCGCUAGAGAUACGCAUCACAAGACUGAUAUCAGACAUAUUCCUCUGGCUCGCCCAAGUCCAGACCCUGAUACGGCUAUUUCCAAGACACCGGGAGAAAGUCUUGAUAAAGUGGAUUGGAUUUGUCCUGAUCAUCUUUGACACCGUCUUCUCCUGUCUGAACUCGUUCUUGAUCAACUCGGCCGCAAAAGGACGACACUUCGUGGAUGCCAUUCCCGCGCUGUCGUACCUCUUCGAACUCGCACUGGGACUACUAUACGCGGCCUGGGUUUUGUACUAUGCUGUCACGAAGCGUCGCUAUGCCUUCUACCAUGCCAAGAUGCGUAAUAUCGCACUAAUAGCUUUGCUAUCUAUAGUCUCCAUACUCACACCCGUGGUAUUCUUCAUCACGGAUGUCUCGAAUCAGGAUGUUGCAGGUUGGGGUGACUAUUUCCGCUGGGUUGGCGCCGCAGCAGCGAGUGUGGUUGUAUGGGAGUGGGUGGAGCGCAUCGAAGCUUUGGAGCGAGACGACAAGAAAGACGGCAUCUUGGGCCGGGAGAUAUUUGAUGGCGAUGAGAUGUUGGAUGUGCUACCGGAACAAGGGUCGGAAUGGACGCAAAGCAGAAACCUCCGACGGAACUUCAGAAAUCCGAGAGGCGAUGGAGACCACCAAGGCGGCGCCGGCCAUACCUCAAGUAUGGCAGAGAACGGGUUUCUGGGAAUGGCACAUCGAUUCAGAUCGAGGCACCAGCAGUCGCCACAGCAUUUCCCGCUUGGAAGGGCUCAUUCGAGCUCUGAGCCCAACAGCCAAGAUCGUAUAUUACCCGAAGGCGGCGAACCUCUCGAAUCUACAGUAUUGGGAGGACCAACGCCACCACCGAUGGCCGCCGACCCGGUCAAUCGAGCCGACACCAGCAGUGCCGGCAGUACUGUGUACGUUGUCCGGUAUCACCCGAUUGCUGACGUGCCGCAACCGAUACGAAGACGAGCAAACACAAAUCGCAAUGACCGAGCACAAGGAAGAACGGCUGCUCAGCGACGGAGGACGAAUUACGAACCCUCAGAGAAGGAUAUAAUCGAAGCCGAGGAAGAAUCGAGACCAAACCAUCAUCGUGAUCACAGCAUUUGGAAUGCAGUGCCGAAUCCUUUCAAGCGAAAACGUACUUCGCCUCCGCAAGAAGUUCAACGAGCCCGUGAGGCCGCUGGGCAAAGAGCCCUAAUACAAGCACAUAACUAUUCAAGAUGGGAUCUCAAGAAUCGUCUUGGCGCUCUCGUAGCUGAAACGGGCGACCGUGUUCGUGAGAGCGGAGCGGCGAGAAGACCUCCAGCUGAAGAUCUGCGGGUGACCGUCGUACCCGCACAGCCGCGCGGCAGCAAUCGCACAUGGAUCACUGCAGAGCAGAAUCAAACAUCGCAGCGACCGGCAAUUUCAGACAAUGGUCAGAACAUCCCAAUUUCUGGUACAACAUUGGCUACAGAAAACCAACGGUUCACCCCUCCCCAGCAGGCGCCGCAGAACGGCUCUGAACCACUGCAAGGCGGUGCAACGCGGCAGUCAACGCCGACUGUUACUUUCCAGGACAGAGUCGGGCCUCCACGAGCAGAUGACAUAAGUCCUGUGGCAGGUAGAGGAGCAACAAUAGUGGUUCCCGCUCCCCCUAGGCGUACACCGACGAGUCGCAAUACACCGACACCACCUGUACGAUCAGGUGGAAGCCGAGGAGCUGACUUGUCCAAACCAACACCUCCUCCCGGGUGAAAGUGCGUCAAAAGCUAUUUUUUGGGAUUUGUGGAUUUAGCGUGGCGUUGGUGGUGGAAACGAUAUACCCAUUCCUGGGAUUGGCCCUUUGUGAAAGCAUUUCUACGACUCAGGCGACUUGGGCCUGUAUAUGAAGAACGAUGUAAGCUUGAAUUUGUACAUAUUGUACAUAUGUCCGAAGAUAGUCGCAGAGCCUUCGUGCUCAGAUGC